AUGGCUUCCCGCAGCGCCGGCACCUUACUGACCGAGUUCAACGCCGCCUUCGUGCCCCCCAGCCUCAUGCCCGGGUACCGAGGCCAUGUCCCUGGUGUUGACUUCUCCUUCGGCGCUCCCUACGGUACCAUCACCCUCAAGUACUUCCAGGACCACCGCAAUGCAGCCAUGGAUAAGAGCGGCUCUCCCCUCAGCAGUGGUGGCCACUUCCCCACCCUCUUCUCCCCCAACCCCAAUCUGGUGCUGAUUGACCGCUGGAAAACCUGGGACCGCUCCCUGAACUUGCCCAGCUACAAUCGCUUCAACCUGGACGCCUACCGAUCCAGAGAGCUUGCUCACUUCUACCAGUUGGCACAGCAGCAGCGGAAGUACUACCUAGACAAGACCGGCACGGUGCCUCGGGUCCCCUACUUUGUACUACCUGUGAGGGAGCAGGAACGGUACCCCAUCCCUACUGAUCUGCCUCCUCUGAGCCCAAAGAAGAAGUGGUACCUUUUAAGAAACUCCCCUGAGAACCUGAGGACCUACCAGACCUACCCAUCGGGGAAGCGGGUGUCUGCACAAGAGCGGCAGAGGAGGGACUGCUACUUUGAGUACAGAUCAUAA